AUGUCCGGCCGCGGGAAGCAGGGCGGGAAGGCGCGGGCCAAGGCCAAGUCGCGCUCGUCGCGGGCCGGGCUGCAGUUCCCGGUGGGCCGCGUCCACCGGCUGCUCCGCAAAGGCAACUACGCGGAGCGGGUGGGCGCCGGCGCCCCGGUGUACCUGGCGGCCGUGCUGGAGUACCUGACGGCCGAGAUCCUGGAGCUGGCGGGCAACGCGGCCCGCGACAACAAGAAGACGCGCAUCAUCCCCCGCCACCUGCAGCUGGCCAUCCGCAACGACGAGGAGCUCAACAAGCUGCUGGGCAAGGUGACCAUCGCGCAGGGCGGGGUGCUGCCCAACAUCCAGGCCGUGCUGCUGCCCAAGAAGACCGACAGCCACAAGGCUAAAGCCAAGUAAACACAAAGGAAAAGCAGCACGUUGUUUCUUCCGCAGAAAACAAUCCAGAGGCUCUUUUCAGAGGUGCCCACAAAAUCAUAAGAGAGCUCAAUUAGCU